GGCGCGGGCGCGGGUAGGUGGCGCCGGGCCCGGAAGCGCGGGGCACGAGGGGGCGGCGCGGUCGCGUGUCCUGCCGCGGCCAUGGGCGUGCAGCCCCCCAACUUCUCGUGGGUGCUCCCGGGCCGGCUGGCGGGGCUGGCGCUGCCGCGGCUCCCCGCGCACUACCAGUUCCUGCUGGACCAGGGCGUGCGGCACCUGGUGUCCCUGACGGAGCGCGGGCCCCCGCACAGCGACAGCUGCCCCGGCCUCACGCUGCACCGGCUGCGCAUCCCGGACUUCUGCCCGCCGGCCCCCGAGCAGAUCGACCGCUUCGUGCGGAUCGUGGACGAGGCCAACGCGCGCGGGGAGGCCGUGGGGGUGCACUGCGCCCUGGGCUUUGGCCGCACUGGCACCAUGCUGGCCUGCUACCUGGUGAAGGAGCGGGGCCUGGCUGCGGGAGAUGCCAUCGCUGAAAUCCGGCGCCUUCGACCUGGCUCCAUCGAGACCUAUGAGCAGGAGAAAGCCGUCUUCCAGUUCUACCAGCGGACUAAAUAAAGAGCCUCAGCACCUGUCUGCGGCCCCGGGCCCUGACCCCCGUGUUCAGGGGCGCCGGAGACACAGACAUGCACGGAAGGCGCUAAGCCUUCCCACUCCUGCUGGCUCAGGAGACUGAACAGCCGUUCCUUAAGGCAGGUCCUGACUGAGGAGACGGCUGCAGCUGCACUGGGCGUGAGGGGGGAAGGGGGGUCUUUCUGCUGCUCCCCUGAAUAAAUAAAUUCUAAGACCCA